UGGUUCAAGAAGAGUAGAGCCGAGUCAUCGAUAGAAGGAUUUUCUGAGCUCAGAGUCAAACGAUGUCUACCGCCAUGAAAUGAAUUUGUGUGUCAAAAUGGAGUCGGUUGGUUUCCAAACAUUUUGCGUAUCAGUGAACCCACUAGUUGUAACGAAAAGUCAAGUUUUGGUUUCUAGAAAAGUGAACAAAGUAGCUGUGUGGAAGAAGACUUAUGGAGUGGUGAAAAAGUUGACCAUGCAAGACAACUCGUCAAAGAAGAGUUCUAAUUCAGCGUCCCCAAAGCUGUUAUUGGCUGAAAAAUUGAAAGAAAAAGACCAAAGCACGAGGCUGUUGGCACUCGUAAAAUUGUGUUCUUUUGAGCCUAAAGAACAGGCGCUAGAGCUGCUGUUCAAGUCUGAGGUUCUAAACUCCAAUGACGUUCAAACUAGGAACACAGCAUACUUUGUUUUGGGAAAGAUUGGCAACUUGAAUUGUAUUGAAAAGUUGUUUCAUGCCUCCCAGCAUGAUCCUGACCAUUCUGUUAGAGCAUCAGCUUGUAAUGGAAUUGCCUUCAUUUUUGACAAUUGGAAACAAUGGAACCCUGCAGCUUUGAACAACUACAGUGAGAAAGCUGUUCAUAUGUUGCGCAUAAUUCUGGAAGAUCAAAUGGAACAUGAAAUUGUACGUUAUAGUGCCAUCAUGUCAUUGCAAAGUCUACAAAAGGAAAAAGCCGCGGAAUGUUGUGUCAAAUUAUUACAAGAGAAUCAACUUAGCGAAUUAUUGAUUCGUUCUGCUGUGACAUCGAUAGCAUUGUCUGACAGGGUUUCAACAGAAAGCUUAGAUGUAGUCCUUCCAUAUGCAACUUUUCCUAGUGAAGUAGUCCGACAAAAUGUUGCAUCGGCGUUAAAAAAAUGGCCAAAUGAUAUGCAAGCUCGAGAGACAUUGCACAAACUGCGUGAUGAAGAUGUAUCUCCCAUUGUAGCUGCAACUGCCAAACAGUCAUUGGCAAGCAUUUUAGAAGCCAACUUUUAUGAAAUCAAGCUAGUUGACAAGCAACCUGAACCUAUUCGAACCAAGAUGCAUUACCGAGAUAUUAUGGAAAUCUUAAACGGCAAUGACCGUGGCAAAAAGAUGAUUGCAAUGAUAGAACUAGAAAAGGAUCUGACUGUACCAGCUUAUGUUGUUUAUGAAUUGAUCAGUCCAUUACUGAAAGAUAGAUAUAUUGAAGUUCAAUCUUUGGCUUGCAAUGUAUUGGGUUUUAUUUCACAACAAGAGAGAAUUGGUAGAAAUGAGUAUGUUGUGACAGCAGCAGUGAAUGCAUUGUGCAAGGUACUCGGAGACUCUUCAGAAGAUUAUGCAGUUCGUGCUGCUGCAGCUGGUGGACUUGGUUUUCUUGAACAUUGUUCAGCCUUGAAUGCUUUGGCCAAGGCAUUGAAGGAAGAUGAGAGUUGGCUUGUUCGUUUCAGUUGUGCUGUUUCUAUUGGCAAUUUGAAGCAGAAGAGUUCUUGUUCUCUUUUAUUGGAAGCCAUGGAAAGAGAAGGCUGUUUUCAAGAGGAUCCAGUUAAUUCAGAGAUACAUAUGAUGCAGCAAGCUUUCAUAUCUGCUUUGGGAGAAAUUGGCUGUGACUGUGCAGAGAAGCCAGUAAUUUCUCUGAUUGGUUCAAGUGAACCUGCUAUUCGUCAGCGUGUUGCAGAAUGUUUAGGCAAUAUGUCAAUUUCGGAAACUAUUCAACAAGCCUUGUAUUUCUUAUCUAAAGAUAAUAACGAAGCAGUUGCAGCAGCUGCUUCUCGAUCGUUGUUAAAAAGGGAUUGAGGGAUGAAACUGAGGGGAUAUGAUUGAUUGGUUUAGGUUUUUUUGGUAAUUCAUUUUUGAAUGUUUCUUUGUCGAUAAACUUGAUGAGCAAGGAAUACAUAUUAUCUGAUGGUUCUCGUAUAUCUUAUGAAGAAUAUUUGGGUUGUUCUUCUGAAGACGAUAAACCACCAGGUUGUUGAGACUUGUUUGUUCUUAUUUGCUUGUUUUAUGUUG